CAAGUUUGUUACUCGGGCGAGGAGGAUAAAUUUGAGGCAGUCCAAACGGCAUCGCUUUGUUUCAGUUCUAUCUGCUUAAUCGGAUGCUGCCAACUGUGUUACCGUGAAACGUAACCGAGAAGCUCUGUAGAGCUUCCGAGAUAAUUACUCUCCCCUGCUUCUGCAAAGGCAAAGCUUUACUUUACCGUGAUUUUCUUGGGAACCAAGCAGGAGGAACAAGGCAUCAUUUUCUCUUUAGUCGAUGUGAGUUUGCUUUUCCUUGUCUUAGUUGUUUUUUUCUAGGUUUUGAUCAAAUUUCUGAAAAACCCAUUUGGGAAUUAUCUAGAAAACUGAUAAAGUAGUUGCCUUUAUAAACACGGAGAUGGAAUUGUUGGUUGUGGAAGAGAAAGUCCCAAAAUUUGAACUUGAUGGGAAAGGGUUUCUAGAAUGCAAGUGCAAUGAAUUGGAGGAGAGGUGCAGGAAAGCUGAAGCAAGAUGCUUGGAGUUGGAGUUGGAAGUUGGAAAGGUCAAGAAUGAGAAUGAAGCGCUUCAGACUAUUCUUAGGGCAUUGGAAAUGGAGAAACUUAGUAUUGAGGAUGAGUUGAGGGGUUUGAAGAUGGAAAAUGAGAGCAAAGUUGGUUGUGGAGGAGAGAAGGUGAGGAAAGGAGUGGUUGAUUUGACCCAGGGGGGUGAGGAUGAGAGUAGGGUUUUGCAGCUUAUGAUUGAGAAUAAUGUUUUGGAAUGUGAGAAGCAAAAGGCUGAAAGUGACGUUGAGGUUUGGAAGCAAAAGUGCAAGGAGUUGGAAUCAUUGGCCUUGCAGCUGAAGAAGGGUCUAAUUCUGACGGAUGAUGGACACCAUGCGGAAAGUAGCUUAAACCACUUGGACAAAGUGGUGAACUUGGAGGAGGAAGGAGGAUCUUUACAAGAAGCAGCAACCCCUUAUAAUGACACACCUGAUAAGCAGUUCACUUCUAUUAAGAAACAGAACUUGGAUGUCUGUUUAGACCGUCAACUGGAAUGUGUUAACAGAAUUAGAAGACAUUUGGUAUUUGAAGAGUGUAGACAACCCAUUAAAAAGAUGGCUCCCUCUACAGCAGGCACGAGACCUGCUUCUCCCAAUGUAAUUGAUAUUCAUGACAGUGAUGAAGAACAUGAUUUGACAAAUGUCCAAAUGUCUUGUUCAAAUAAUUAUGGGAAUAGAAAUUUGAAGUUUUCAACUAAUUUAGCAUUAGAAGAAAAUCAGGUCAGCAAAAAGAAUUUGCAGGCAAAUGGUGAUCAUGGAAAUGGAGAAAAUGUGGAUAGCUGCGAGGAUAAUGGUCCAGUUAUUUCAACUCCUAAGAGAAAACGACCGUCCAAUGUAGUUACUAGUGACUCAGAGAGUGAUGUUAAUGAUAAAAUUCCAAUCUCUAAAGUCAUGAAGAUGCGCCGUCUGGAAAUGCUUUCUGAUCAAGCAAGUUCUGAGUUGAAAGAUUGCCCAGUGAUUGCUACUCCUUCUGGGGUUGAUAACGUCAGAGGUACCGUGAACCACAAAAGGCGACAACUGGUCUCACUGAGACAAUAUGAAGAAAAUGCUAGAAAGGAUAAAUGCUCUUCAAUUGAGGAUGUUGAACAUGAGGACUCAAAAGAAGUUGGGUCUGACAAUGAUAGUGACAGCUUGAGUGGAUUUAUUGUCAAUGAUUCUCAUAGUACCAAUGAUGAUAACACUUCCGAUGGAUCUGACUUGGAUGAUGCUUCAAGUGGCUCUCGCACUCAUAGUGAGUCACAAAAUUGUUCAGAUGGUGUGGAUUUUGAUGAGCUUUUAUCCUCAAUUAAAAGGAAAAAGAAUGGUCAAAUGGAGUGGAAGUUUGAGGGAGACAUGCUUGCUGCCUUUGGCAAAGAUGAUACACUGUGCAUGAAGGCUGUCUGUGCCCUCUAUCGGCAGCAAACUCGUGAAGAACAAGUUUGUAGGGGAACCCUUGCCCAUAACCGGCGGGGUUUUAGCCAAUGUGAUGCCUUCAGGGGAAGUACUCUGGCUGAGUUUCUCACUGAGGGCAACCCUCAUGGCGAUGUGAAGAAAUCUGUGAAGGAGUUGAAAGAGUAUGACCCUAAGGGUGUUGCUGCGUGCCAUAAACUGGCAACUCACUAUUCCAAGCAACUAUUUGAGAUCUACAAGAACAAGGAAGAUCCUUAUUUUCUUCCUUCAUAAAGGACAGGUUUACAGUUUACCCGCAAAUCUGAGGUAAAAAACUUUUGUACAUUCCAGUGAUGGUGUUCCAGAACAAUCUCUAUUAGGUAGGUACCAUUAGGUGCUUCCUCUUUUUGCAUAUAUAUGUAAUUGCAAAAGUAUCCAGCAAGCCAGCCUGUCUAUGCAUUUAUGAAGUAGAUUCCAGUGAUGGUGUUCCUGAACAAUCUCUAUUAGGUAGGUACCAUUAGGUGCCUCCUCUUUUUGCAUAUAUAUGUAAUUACAAAAGUAUCCAGCAAGCCAGCCUGUCUAUGCAUAUAUGAAGUAGGAUCUUCUGCCUGUGUGUGUAUAAAGUACAAACUUUUGAAUAAUGUUCGACGUAUGGAUAUUUCUCUUGAUCUUGUUUCCCAUGGGCCAUUGCAAAGGGAAUAUUUGGUUCAGUUGUUUUUGUUUUGAUAAUUUUUGGCUAUAAAAUCCUGAGUUUGGUUCCAUCUCAGGGCACCCUAGUAGCUCAACAGGAAUUCCUAACGUCUUUGAUGUGCAUUUUUUCUCCUGAAUUCUGGUACUCAGGUGGAUGAUGCCAUUGAACAUGGCGCUCGAAGGCAGUUGAGCGCUACUCUUCAGCUUCCAUUUUCCUGUUGACUCAUUUAGUCAUUUUUACCAACGAACUAGCCAGAACUGAGAAACAGAAGGAAAAUAGCAAGGUGAUGAAAAAGUAGAGCUUAAACUAGAUCAAAUAUUACCUAGGCAACCCAUGAGUUGUUUCAUGU